AUGCCGGCGCAAUUGUCCUUGCCAAGACGAAUCUCACUGAGUUCUCCAACUUCCGAAGCGAGCAUGGUCUCCCGCAAGGCUGAGACCCCUUCUGCCUACGUCGAAGGAGGAUACGACAAGGGCGGCCACGCAUAUGGCAGCUCGUCGGGGAGUGCGGUGGGUGUGAGCGCCGGCUUCGGUGCAGUCGCUCUGGGGACGGACUCGUCUGGUGCUUUGGUGUGCCCUGCCAGCCGAGCUGCGUUGUAUGCGAUCAGGCUUCCAGUCGGGAUGAUUCCAGGCUCGGGCAUCGUGCCUAUCAGCUAUACGACGGACACUGUUGGCCCUCUCGCCUUCACUCCGGCUGACGCAGCGAUCAUGCUCGAUGUCCUCUCGGGGAGCGAUGGCAAAUAUCAUCGCGCCGCUGAAGCUCCCAAGAUGGCGGGGUUGCGUUUCGGUCUAGUCAGGCGCAACUUCUUUGACGAGGCCAAUGGCCUGUCCCCGCUGGUUGGCACCUCGGUCCACUCCGCAAAGACAAUGGAAGAGGUCAUGGCGAAGAUGCGACAGGCUGGCGCAGAGGUAUUCGACGUCAGCAUGGACAUCGAUGCUGUCGACUGUGAAGAGCUCGCCGACGCCCGGCAGGACAUUUUCCGGAGCGACAUCAACGAGGAUAUGAAUCAGUAUUUGUGUCAGCUCAAAGAGAGCCCUGUUCGCACGUUGGCGGAGCUGGUCGAGUGGAACCAGGACCAUGCUGAUGAGGAGUUGCCGCCCAAGGCUCCCGAGCAAGACAACUUCAUCAAAGCUCUCUCUGCUCCUCCAAGGGACUCGGACGAGUAUCGGCGCCUCAACGCCCGAGUGGCGGACAUUGCGGUCAAGCGGGGUAUGGACUACAUCUUUGAGAAGUACAACCUCGACGCAGCUCUCUUCAUCACUGAGUUUGAGCUGUCCUACGUCAUUGUAGGAGCCGCUGGAUAUGCGCUGGGUACCGCGCCAAUGGGGUACAGAGCUGACGGCGCGCCGUUCGGUAUCUCGUUCGCCGUCAAACCAAACGAGAAGGAGAAGCUGAUCAGUAUCCUAUCCGGGUACGAGGCGAUCAUGCCGCAGAGGCGAGUGCCUGAGUGGCUAUAG